AUGUACGAUCAUCCCUAAAAUGGUUUAAUGGAAGCUCAUUCCUUCAACUUGGAUUGUCUAUCUUAAGAUAUUCAUCAAAUCAAAUAAACACUUUAAGGUUGGACAUCUAUUUUCAGUCAACUGAUGGAAAUCACCAUUGAAACCCAUAAACAGAAUCAAUGCAAUGUAAAUACAUAGUCUCUAUUUAUUAAGGCAUCACUAUUAUAAUAGUUAAUAGCUACUCAACAUCGUAGACACAAAUAUUCAUAACCCAAAGAUCAAAUAAAAUUAUCUCCAAUUAGACCUAAUAAAACAGAACCAGACGAAAUAAUUAAGCCAGACAACUUUUCUAAAAUAUUUAAUAACAAUAAGAAAGUAAUCAUGUAAUCAAUCACUUAUAGAUUUCUAUUAUGCAACUUCAAGGGACUCCAUUUGAUUCAGCAUUUGAAAGUAUUAAUAAAGAACUUGAAGAACCUUACAGAGAAGAUUAAUAUCUAUCUGUCCCUAAAUCUAUGUAGAUGUCAGUCGAUUUAAAUAAAUAAAAGAAGAAUCAACAUCUUGAAUUGUAGUAACCUAAAAGUGCAAAGAAUACUUACGAAAAUAAACAAUUCGCUUUCAAUACUAAAGUUAUGCGUUCCCAAGAUAUAAAAGCUAAUAAAGAGAAUCAUUAACAUCACUCUUCAAUGAAUAAACCAGAUUCCAAACGCACUUUAGAUUAACCUCAAUUAUCAACGGUUGUUGAAGAAAACUAAUCUCCUUGUAUGAGUCCUUAUGAAAAUAAUUUCAGAUGUAAAUUACUCAUUUCUAUAUUAGAUUCCAUUGCUUAAUCUCAUAGAUAAUAUGAUUAAUGCAGCACUGCUAAAACAUCAUAAAAUAGUUAAAGACCUCUUAAUUAUUUUCAAUAAUAACAACUUUAAUCAGAAAAUAAUAGGUCCUCUUCCAAAUCUUGCUAUGGUAAUUAACAAACUUAAGUCCUAUCCAAUAAUACUAAUAUCAUUAAUUAACAAUAAUAAACUCCAUAACAAUCAACUUCAUAAAAUCCAUUUCUGAACAGUCUUAAUAAUGGAAGCACUAAAAAUAUAAAAUAAGUAUAGACUUCUACUAGCAACAUUCCUUUCAAAUAGUAAUUUGAAAUUAUAAAUCAAGUAAGUUAUAUUAUAUAUUUAGAUUUCAAAUUAAAGAGCUAAAAGUUACAGUGAGUAAAAUUGUAAAAAGUAAUUGAGUAAGCGUUGUUUAGAUAUUGAUCUCUUUGAUAAAUAAUAUGAGACUAGUUAAGAGUUAAUUUGGAAAGCUUAAAAGACAAAGAAAUGA